AUGGAAAACCUACUGAAGCUGUGUCUCUUUCUUCUCUGCUUUGAAACUGCUCUCGCUGUACAAUGUGUACUGUGUCCAUCUUACAAAAAUGGAAAGUGUGUUGAUGGGAAUCAGACAUGCACUACAAAACCUGGUGAAACUUGUAUGAUCCGCAGAACCUGGUCUGUAAAUGAAAGCAAUAAACUGCGAAGUGCGGAGUUGAGGUGCACGGAUGACUGUAAAUUUGAUGAAAUUUUUUCUGAAGGUCUAACAAUACAUACAUACUGCUGCGAUUAUGAAGAUUUCUGCAAUAGCAUUGACUUACCAAUUGUGAUGUCCUAG